AAUAAAAAAAAGUAUUAAAUUUUUUAGAAUAUUAUUGAUGGAAUUUUAUAAACUUACAUUGAUUAUUGUGUAUUUAUUGUUACUUAAACACACUCUAGUUAUAUGCACCAACCUCAAAGGUCCAAGCUUUUAUGACAACUACAAGAUUUUAUGGGGCAACUCUUUGGCCAAAAGCCAAGCCAGAGAUGUACAGAUCUCACUUGAUUACUCAUCUGGGGCAGCUUUUCAAUCCAAGAGUACAUAUGGUUCAGGGUUUUUUCACCUUAACAUUAAGCUACCUGGAGGCAAUUCUGGUGGAGUUGUUACUGCUUUUUAUUUAUCUUCGGUAUCAGGAAAUCACCAUGACGAGUUGGAUUUGGAGUUCUUAGGGAACAAUGAUGGAAAACCUAAAUACCUGCAAACUAAUGUUAUUACAAAUGGGAUUGGAAAUAGAGAGCAAAGAAUUAAAUUAUGGUUUGAUCCUGCAUCAAAAUUUCAUUCCUACAGAAUUCUUUGGAAUCGAUUUCAAAUUGUGUUUUACAUCGAUAAUUACCCGAUUCGAGUAUUCAAGAACAAGCACAGAUUAGGGGUGGGAUUUCCAUCGCAGCCUAUGCAAGUGCUAGCAAGUGUAUGGGAUGGAGAUAGCUGGGCAACAGACGGUGGCCGGACUAAGAUAAAUUGGAGCUAUGCGCCAUUUACAGCCGGUUUUCGAAGCUUCGGCAUUAAUGGAUGCGCUGCUAAAUCUGGUUCCAACAUGAAGCAUUGCAAUUCUGAUAAGUUUUGGUGGAACAGGCAAAAGUUUUGGCAAUUAAAUUCCAGUCAACAAAAAGUUUACGAAUCCAUUAAAAAAAAGUUUAUGACAUAUGACUACUGUACUGAUCGGAAUAGGAUCCCUAAUACUCCCCCGGAAUGCCCACAAUGAGAAAUGUUUCCGAAACGGAUAAAUGCAGUUUCGUGUGCCACAAGUAUAUGUUUUUGAAGCUUUAAUUAAGCUUGUUGAUUUUCAAAAGAAUACUGGAUAAUAGCUUCAAGACCAAAA